AUGUCCUCCGCUUGGACCAAUUCGACAGCGCCGGGCCCGGACGCGGAUGAGUCGUCCAUGGCAAACAUGUUUGUGCUCGUUGCUGCGAUGUCCGGGCUCGUGUACACGGCCGCCGUCGACAAAUCGGAGGGGGACGCCGUGCCAGCCACACUUGCGAUGAAGCAGGGCCACACCGUGGCCACGCCGAUCUGGAAUGGAAUGCGGCUGUACUUUUACGUCGCUGCAAUCAUCCUGGUCGCGCCCUCUCUCUACCUCAUCUCGUAUCUUUCUGGGUUCGCGCUCGCGGUCGCUGCCAUCACGGGAGCCCUGGCGGUCAAGUCGGGUCUUAGCAUCAUCAGGGCGGACUUCGAGCUCGCAAAGGCGCGCCCCUCUCGGGAGGUCGACGUGUUUGCGCGGACUCUCAAUACGGGCCAAAAGUUCUUUCUGGUGGUGAUCAUCCCCGCCUGGUUUGCGAGCUCCGCGGGCGGAUUGGCGAGCGCGACCACCUGCCCGAAUCUGCUGCUGACGAUGGCCGCCUGGCUCCUCGUCGCAUUCUUCAAAGUGGGCAUCUGCAUGAGCACGCUCCUCCACCGCUACGCCGCACAUGCCGCCUUCAAGGUCGGGCCGGUGACCAACUUGGUCCUCGGAGUCCUCUCUUGCCUCGCCUAUCAAGGCGGGCCUCUCUGGUGGGCUUCCAAGCAUCGGGCCCAUCACAAGUUUUGUGACACAACCAGCCGCGACCCGCACUCGCCAAAACUGGUAGGAAUCGCCAACGCGUUUCUCUUUUUUCUCGCUGGUGACAGUCCGGACAGCACCCGCUCCAUGCUCGGAGUCGACGAGGAGUUUGUGCCGAGGCACAUGGACACCCCCGCGAUGCGCGUCAUCGACUCGCUCAACUUUGUGUUCCCGCUGAUCGAGUUCUACGUGGCCACCCGCCUCUUCGGCCCGCCCGGCCUCUUGGUGGCAUGGACCUCUUCGUGGAUAUGCUGCAUCAGCACGCUGUGGUUCAACAUCCGAAACCACCCGGACGGAGAGGCCGAGGCCAAGAAGCUCCGCCCAGAGCCAGAGCAUCUGAAGUUCCGACGGAUGUCAGACCGGAGCAAGGAUUGCGACUCGACAGAUGAGGCGGUCGACAUUGGAGGCGCGCUUCUCUUUGUCUUUCUUGAUGUGUGCGGGAGCAUCUUCGUACCCCUCAUCGGCGAGGGCACUCACGACCACCACCACUCGCAUCCGGAGCUCGCGCAGCGGCCCGGCCUCGACUUCCCGCAGUACUUUGUCUAUGGCCUGGAGAUGCUUGGCCUCGCAAGGAGUGUGCGCACGUUGGACAAGCUAAGCGCCUCUUCCGACUCAUUCCGUUCCUCUUCCUCCUCACAGCGAUCCUCUAGCUCCGAGCGACCCUCCAUGUCCGAUACCAAGGCCUCCUCGAAGUCGGACUAA